UUCAAACAAUUCUUAUCUCCAUCGACGCGUCUGUCGGGGCCCUCCAAACGCGCGAGCUUUCAACCUCAUCAUUUAUCAUUGCCUUGUCUGUGUAUAGGUCCCUCGGCGUCACACAACCCGUGAGACUGGCUCUUGUACAAAUCCUCCUGCAAUUAUCAUUGUUCCCACCAACUCAUUGUAUUGUUACGUGCUAACCAUCCUCCCACACGUCAGAUGGAGGUGAUGGAUGGAACAUUCGCUCCCGUGGGGUCUCCAGUUACGCCCCGAGGGCAAGGCCUAACACUUCUCCAAACCGUUCGGGGACGCUAUUUGUCCCUACAAUUUGACGUGCCGACGCUGCUCAUGGCUUAUGUUCGUUUACUCGAUCAACUUGGCUCGAUGUCUCAGCAGGUAAAAACAUGCAAAUUGCAAUGUCGGAUGCUUUACGAGGGCCACAGCAUGCUGUACGCUUCGCUCAAGAACCUUCGCAAGGACUCCACAGCUGAGUCUGAGAUGCGCUUUGCAGGAGGACUAGAACUUGCUUGGCAUGCCCUUAAACCACUACAUACUGCGAUUACGGAAUGGGUUGAACUUGAUGAGAUGGAGUUCUGGUUUAGGCAUACUAUCAUACAGGACCAGAUUGCACUACAUUGGAAGACACUUGAUGAGGCAAUCUUGGAGAUGAGGACCGAGCUUGGCGGAGAAUUGCAUUCAUUCGUGGCCCUACGGGAUACAUCUAGUCGUGUGUUAGUCGUCCCUGGUAGCUCCGAUAUUGCAAGGAGGCAAGUACAAAGGGUUGAUCAGCUUGAGCUCCCAAAGUUGUUCAGGGGUCUGGUAUCUGAGCUCGAGUCUUGGAGCUCGUUAACGUUCAUGAAGCACGUUUAUAUUGAGGAAUUCAUGGCUGCCAUCCAAAGGGUCGGUGUGGGAUGCUUUGUCGUUAGGGUUCCGCGAGACACUAAUACCUCUCAUUUUUAGGAGAUGAAUACUCAUCCUUCAAAGUCACAGACGUACAAACUCUAUGAUGAACGUUUACAGCAGCUGUACCAACGCUCUGGUGUGCUUCCGCCGGUGAAUGAGUUCGACACUAACGACAUACGACGGAUCGGAAAUGCGCCUGACAUUGAGACACCGUCAGGACUUAUGUGGAGAGGCAAGACGGCAGCAGGGGAUCUCGUGUUUGUCAAACUUUCCAGCGCAUUCAACGCCACCGAAGACUCCAGGCAGGUGUGAUCA